UUGAGGUGUUAUUUAAAUAAAAGAGAAAUUAGCGAUCACUGGUAAACACUCAUAAUUUACGUAUCAGUUACAUUUAAAAUAAAUCAGCCAAAAAUGUCUAAUAUUAAGAAACUUUUUACGGGGAAGCUAAACAAAGUUUCCCAAAAGGGUAAAACGAAAAAUUCUCAAAAUAAGCGACGUCCUUCUGGGUUCAUUAAUGAUGGUGAAAACAUUGAUGUCUUUUUUGAAACAGUAUCGGAGGAUGCCAAACGUAAACAACGUCGAAGGGGAACGAUAGAUUGUACACCAAUCCACACCAAUGUAGGAGUCACACCAAUCCACACCAAUGUAGGAGUCACACCAAUCGACAUCAAUGAUGAAGUCGAUGGCGUUUGUGAUAUUAACACCAAUGAGCACAUCAAUAACGCUGACAAAACAGCAGAAAAUGCAAUGCAUAAUCAAACUGAUACCACCAACAAAUCAAAUCAAACUAUUCAUGAAACUGAUCAUAUAACGAGUAAUGGAAAGCAACACGCGAAUGAUUUGGAAAAUGAAUUUGCAGUUGCAGAUGGGGACGAAAUCACGGGUGUUAAUAAUGUCACAAAGGAGAAAAUACAAAAGAAGCCGUUACAGAGAGAAAUCAACUUAAGUCUUUCAUCAGCGAGCAGCAGCACGUCAUGUAGUGGGUCAGACUAUGAAAUCAACAAUGAGGAUUGGAGAGGAUCCGUCACGUGUGAAGAUAACGCUACUAGUGGACCCGGUGGUGGUGUUUCGCGACACAUGUAUGACACAAUUAACAUGAGGAACGAUGAUAACAUUGGGGACAAGGAUGAACUGAUACGGACGUUGAGGAAACAGCUGAGCAUAACAGAGAUCAAGCUGCAGGAGGCGACAAAGAGUGAGGUGCUGGCCAACCAACGGAAGAUCAGCCUUAUGUAUCAAGUUGAGGAGAGGGACGAGAUUAAACGAACCUACCAGCGAGAUGUGGAUGAGUCUCAGAAGACAAUAGAAAGACUAUCCAAGAAGAUUAUAACUCAAGAAGAUCAGUUGUUCCAUCUUGAAGACACCAAUGAAGAACUUACUGCUAAUCUCAAAGAGGCCAAUGCCAAGAUGAAGCAGAACAGUGUAUUAAUGGCUGCCACUGAUGAUACCCUGAGGGAGCUUCAAGAGGAAAAUAAGCACAUAUUACAUCAAAAUGUAAUUCUUGAAGAAAGUGUUUCAAAACUGAAAGACCAAAAAGAAGUUAUGGACCAUCAGAAGUGGGAACUAAUUCAAGAAUUGAAGGAAGUCAAAGCCCAACUAGAUAAGGAGAAAGCAAGAGUGACUCAACAAGAAAAAGAAAUCAGUCUUCUUAAAACAAGCCUUAAAGCAAUAAAAACCAAGAUGGAGGAACAAAAGCAUCCAACUAACGAGCUCAAACUUGUGUUGAAAGAAGGGCUCACAUCUUUGAGAGAUGAUAUCCUCAAUGGACAAAUCAGUCCAAUAGAUGGAGCCACUGUAUUUCAAGAUGGCCACCACAAAGGUCAAGGUCAAAGAAGAAUGAGUGAUUUUGAAGUAUCUCAGCCCAAUAGAAGAGGCAGUUUAACAUUGAUGGGGAAUAUAAGCAAUCGACGAAGGCAUAGUGAACAGCUUGGACAGCUGCCACUUAGAGGGCGGAAUGGUUUGCUUACUCGUAGAGGAAGUGAGGUUCCUAUUCCAUGUAUUCUAGAAAAAGAUAUAACUGAUCUGACUGAAGAACACCUAGAGAUGAAACACUAUUUUGUGUAAAGGCAGUUUUUUUUCUAGAAUUUCUAACAACGGGCUAAAUAAAUGAAAACAACAGCAAAAUCAAUGGAAAUCAUUUUA